AUGGCUGUUUCAUAUGGUCAAUACAUGGGUUACCUCUUUGGUGUUGGUGCGGCAAUACUUGUAGUUAUAUCAAUUGCUAUCUAUGUGAUUAUUUGGAAAUACCCGAACCUGUUUCAUAAAAUACUUCGUUUAAUGUUUCACAUCGAAGUGUACGAUCCCAGCGAAGAAGGAAAAAAGAAAAAAACUGACUCACUGACAACUGCUAGUGAUAGAGCUACGACGUCAGCGACGACGACAUUGCCAGAAGUUCAAGCAUUCGAAUCGCCUUCGUCUGCAAUGCAAACGAUAGACGCUGCAACACGAUCGCGGGCGAUUGAGAUGCAAAUGCCAACAGUAGCUGCACCUGAGAAAUACCUUGAUGUAUAUGGAAAAUACAUUCAUGCUAAUACCUUUUCGAAUAAAUUUUUCUUAGCAAUUAUAAUUGUCACAGUUUUGUUUACCGCUACUAUUGCUUUUUAUCAAGGAAUUUUUCUUGCUAAUAUGACUGUGUAUCCUGAUGAACCAUGUCCCAGUAAUUUCAUACAGAUGGAUUGCUAUUUUGGAAGCGAACAUACCUAUUUUAACUGUACACAAGGUCAACAAACUGACUCACGAUUCGUGAACGGCAGUGCAAUGUGUUUUCGAUGGAUUUUCCGUGAUGUUUCAGUUAAUGAUGUUAUGACACAGUUUGGUGCUUGUUAUGGGCUUUUAAAUGCAUUUCUUGCUAUCAUACAGGUUGUGCUACGCUUUCUACUAUAUUCCUUCACAAAACGUUUGGCGACUGAAAAUGAAGAUACAACGUCGAACGCAAUUCCAACUCAAACAGCAGAAACAGCAGUGACAUCAACAUCUGUUGAAGAUCAAGAAACAAAGCAUAGAAAAGCAAAAUACGUAUAUAUACAUAAAUACUUACUUCAAGCAAACCUUCUUGCUUUACACUUAGUGAUGUUCGCCGCUUUCAUCCCUAUAUUUAUAUUUAUCGGUAAAAAAGUAAACACCACAGUUUUAACGUAUCUUAUUUUGGCAACCAUUGUCAUGAUGGCGAUGAUAGCCCUUUUAUGGAUCGUACGAAUUGACGUAUUUGAAAAUGAUUUUAUAAAAGCAGAUCCUGUACAACAAUCGCUAUCAAAAGCUGUUGGCAGGCUUGACCAGCUAAAAAAAGCUGGAAGCACUAUAAUCAGUUAUUUUCCCUGUGGAAAUAAUGGAUAA